GGAAUUCGCUCCGUGCUUUCAGGUGCACGUGGACCUCGAGUGGUGUAUGUGUUUGUUUUGAGUGCUCUGCUGCUGCUGCUGCUGUUGAUCCGGGAUAGGAAAAAAGCCAUAUAAUUCGUUUGGCCUGACAAAGUGGAUGAACCGAGGAUGAUGCUCUAGGAUAAGUGUGUGCACAUCCGAUCACACCGUCGACGAUGGCACCAAUUCGCCUGGCGACGAAGCUGCUUUUCUGCCUCUUGCUCGUUUUCUCGAGAGCGGCGGAAAUUCCGGCUGCGGAAAAGCCUGCCGUGGAAAAUGCUGCGGCGGAGGAGAGGUCGACUGUUGCUGUUCCGCAGGGACCCGAGGCGGAGGCGAUUGAUCGCGCCAUUUUUCAGCAGAUCAUGACCGCCUCGAUGCAGCAGCCCGAGAGCCGCGAGCGACUAAUUGAGGUGAUGCCUCUUUUGCGCAGUCUGACCCGCUCCCAACGACACGCGCUCGCCAACAUGCUGCAGCGGGUCUCACGACUGCCCAGGCAGGGAACGCAAGCGGCGAAGAUUGCAGGAGCGAGUCUGCCGACCCUGCUGCCCGAGUUGGACGUGGUCCGUCUGCUGCAAAACGGAGAGUCCCAGGCUCUAAAGGAGGCGGAAGAGGAGGCCAAAUUAAAGGCCAUAGAGGCGAUUGCCGCCCUUCCGCAGGCUCGUUCCUUUGACACGUCGACUGAACUCAAUGACACGAUGCCGGAGGAGCUGCCGCAGGCGCUCGAGUCGAGAUGGAAAAUGACGCCGGAGGAGUUCAUGGCUUUCCUCGCGGAGCACCGCAAAUUCCAAACGAUGGCCAAGAGGCGCCGCGUGCAGCAGCCGGCAACGAGGGUCAGCGUCGGACUGCGCCCGCCGCCGCUGCCAAAGGGCGAGGAGUGCGACUUGUUCUCAAACACUUUGUGCCUCGAAGUUCCAAACUACCCCAAGGAGGCCAUAAUCGCCAGCAUGAAACGCAGCACCACGUCGAUGCUCGGCGUUCUCGCACGGGAAAUUGGCACAGAGCAGACGAGUGACAGGCGUCAGGACGUGGAGGAGAACCUCGUGGGCGUUGAUAAUGAAAAAGGAGCUACGUUGUGUCCAUCCAUCACGAAAUUCGCGAGGCCGAAGCGCGCCCGCAACGUCAACGGCCAGUGGAAGUACCUUGUAAACACAGGCGACGAACACUCGCAAACGCUGCGCAUCGAGCUCUGCACUGAGGCUGGAGAAUCCUGCAACUACUUAGCGAACGGCGUCGCCUCGCAGUGCAUGCAAGUUUACACUCACCACAGACUUUUGGCGUGGGAUUACGACAAAGGCCUUUUCCUCGACUUGUUCAAGGUACCAACUUGCUGCUCGUGUCACAUUCAGCCGGCUUACGGCCCGGCCCUGUUCCCGCCGUCCACUUCGCCGAAGCCCCGCAGGACUCCGCCGCCGCCCUACGACGCGGAGCCCGAGUACAUGGAGGACGACGAGUCGGACUCGUCGAGCAUCGUCGAGUCGCACAACCCGCCGCGCCCGAUGCGCAUUCCCGUGCCUUGGCCGACCAAAGCCACGCAGGCCGCAAAGAUUAGGCCGCUGCUGGGCAAAAACGGCCCUUUGAAGCCAGCCUCCCCGGCGCCGGUGCACGAGAUCGUCCCACAUCCGCCCACCUACGCCAAGCAGCCUCCGAAGAGACUCAGACCGAAUGAAAAACUCAGGCCGGAUCUGGACGAGGCAGGAGCGACGGCGACGCACCGCAGACGCAGGCCUCCGAGUGAGCGUUCGAAGGAGAGCGUGGAAACGUCCGAGGACAACUCGCGGAUCAACUACAGUUACCAUCCGAUCAUCGACUUCUUCCGCAACGAGGAGCGGGCCAAGCAGCAGCGUCAGCAGCAGCAGCAGCAAAUGAGCAUGGCCGAACGGAGGACGAGCAGCGUGCACGCCGACGACGACUGGCGGCCCAUCGAGCCUUCGUACCGCGUGCCCGUGCGCCGCUUCUGAUCGUGCUCCUGAAUAAUUAACUGCUUUAAUGUGUGCUUAAUUUAUUUCCCCGCGCAGCGUGGGACUCGAUGUGGUAUUAGAUCGUUACUUUGUGCCGGGCGUUGCCAUUAUAUACACACACGAAGAAGAAAGUGAACUACUGGUGGUGCAGAUAUCAAUUUUUUUUUAAUUUAAUGUAACAUGUAUGUACAAGUAAAGUGCUGUAGUAGAGUAGGACGGAUGGAUUUAACUUUUGUGUUUUCGAAAAUAAAAUCAAGAGUUAAAAUA